UGCACCACUCAGCUUUUUCUGAUUUUAUAUUUUUUAACUAAGUACUGGCACAGGUUGGACUAAAGGAUAAAAAUCCCGCCGGCUUUUAUAUUUUUUCUCACUAAAAUGGCAGAAUCCAAAGCGGAUAUUGCAUUGAUUGGCUUGGCUGUGAUGGGUCAAAAUUUGAUCCUUAAUAUGGACUCAAAAGGAUUUGUUGUAUGUGCGUUUAAUAGAACAGUGGAAAAGGUAGACCAAUUCCUUGCAAAUGAAGCAAAAGGGACUAAAGUUAUUGGAGCAAAAUCAUUGGAAGAUAUGAUAUCAAAGCUUAAGAAACCAAGAAAAAUUAUGUUACUUGUAAAAGCUGGUUCAGCAGUUGAUGAAUUUGUGAAAAAGUUGGUGCCACUGUUAGAAAAAGGAGACAUAAUUAUUGAUGGCGGCAACUCACAGUACACAGAUACUCAACGUUGGUGCAAAGAGCUGGCACCAACUGGAAUACUUUAUAUGGGCAUGGGUGUAAGUGGUGGGGAGGAUGGAGCUCGACAUGGUCCUUCACUGAUGCCUGGAGGACAUGCAGCGGCGUGGCCAUAUGUCAAACCUAUUUUCCAGGCUAUAAGUGCUAAAGCUAGUGGGGAGCCGUGCUGCGAUUGGGUGGGCGAAGAUGGGGCUGGGCAUUUCGUCAAGAUGGUACACAAUGGUAUUGAGUACGGCGACAUGCAGCUCAUAUGCGAGGCUUACCAUAUAAUGAAGGACAUACUCGGCAUGAAGCAGGAUGAAAUGGCUAAGGUGUUUGAUGAUUGGAACAAAGGGAUCCUAGAUUCCUUCCUAAUUGAGAUCACGCGUGAUAUUUUGAAUUUCAAGGACAAGGAUGGUGAAUACCUCCUACCCAAGAUUCGGGAUACUGCCGGUCAGAAGGGCACUGGAAAGUGGACUGGUAUUAGUGCUUUGGAGUACGGAGUCCCCGUUACUCUUAUUGGAGAAGCUGUCUUUGCUCGCUGCUUGUCCGCGUUGAAAGAGGAACGAUUGGUCGCCAACAAGGUCUUGCCAGGAUCCUCGAUGAACUUCGCUGGUGACAAAAUGGAGUUCCUCGAACACUUGCGUAAAGCACUCUUUGCUAGCAAGCUCAUCUCUUAUGCUCAAGGGUUUAUGUUGCUGAGGGAAGCCGCUAAGGUUAACAAUUGGACAUUGAACUACGGGAGCAUCGCGCUAAUGUGGCGAGGAGGAUGCAUCAUCCGAAGUGCUUUCCUCGGCAAUAUCAAGGACGCGUUCACGAAGAACCCUGGAAUGGUUAACCUCCUUCUGGACCCAUACUUCUUCGCGCGCAUGAAGGAGUGCCAAAUGUCGCUGCGGCGAGUGGUGGCCCAGGCUGCGUUGCUCGGAGUGCCUUCGCCGGCCUUCGGGGCAGCGCUAGCCUUCUACGACGGGUAUAGGGCUGAUGUGCUGCCGGCCAACUUGUUGCAGGCCCAAAGAGACUACUUCGGUGCACACACUUACGAGCUGAUGUCAAAGCCAGGUGAAUUCGUUCACACCAACUGGACAGGCCACGGUGGCAACGUUUCCGCUUCCACGUACAACAAGUAGAAGUUUUACUCCAGAAAAUGCGUAAUUUAUGUUUUACACUGGAAUUCGUAGUCAAGAUAGGGGCUUCUUUAGGGGACCAUUCAGAUGGCAUGUGUCUAAUUCAACCUAUAUGCAAUGUUUAAAGGUUGCAAAUGUCGCCUGAGUGAUCCCCUUAAGAAAACAAAAAAACGAUAUCAAAAUCGGUUCAUUCGUUUAGGAGCUACGAUGUCAGACAGAUACACAAACAUAUAGAUACUCACGUGUCUUUAUUAUAAUACAUUCACAUUUUUGUUUAUUCUAAAUUAGACAUAUUUUAUUUGCGCAAAAAAGGAUCCAACCUCUGAAUUGAAAGUUAGUACCUACAUAUAUUUUAAUACUCUUGUAAGUUUGAAUAUCAAGUCACGUGAUAUCUAAAACUAACUCUGUGUAGAUUGCUAUCCUUUUUGCAUGAAUAUGUAUAUCGAAUUAUACUUACUAUGUUAUUUUAUAUUAUGUUUAUAAAUGUUUAAAAACCUAAAAUUUCAUUCCAUAAAUAAUGAAUUCUAUGUGAUAUGUCAUAGGAUCUCUAAAAUAUAUUUAAAUUAUUAUUAAUUUAUUGCAAGAUAUACUUGGGUGUAUGGAUUUAGAAUAAAUUAAUAAAUAAGUUCACAAAUACUUAGUUUAUAAGAUUUUUUUUACUUAGCCUGUUUCGAAAUGGGUCCAAUUUAAUACUGUUUUCAAUGUUAUGCUUCUAUAAGUGAGUGAGAAUAAAACUGGGUGCUUUUGGAUA